AUGCCCGCCCACCACAACCUCACGAUUCGCAUCCCGCUUCCGGGCAUGCUCCCGGCCGAAGCCGUGAUCGAGACGCUCCAGUCCCAGUCCCCCGUCAUUCGGCACCAACCCCUCAUAACCCGCUUCGAGAAGGUGCCCGUCGCCCUCGACACCAUCGUCGACGAUGACUUCUUCCUCGAGACGGGCUUCAAGAUCGCCUCGUACAAGAUCUACGAAAAGGUCACCGUCGUACCCGGCGUCAAGACCGAGAUCUCCUUUCCCGCCAUCCUCCAAAACAUCCCCAACGGCCUACGCUCCCGCGCCUCCGCACCCGGCGGCGUCCGGGUCUGGAGCGAGUGGCUCGUCGUCCCCCGCCCCGACGAGCGCUGGCCAGGCGAGCACUCUGCCCCGGGAGGCAAGCUCGGCGCCUACGUCGACGGCGACUACGACCUCGUCGAGAACGUCCGCGUCGAGACCAGCCGCAUACUCAUGCCCCUCGUCAAGGGCCAGAUGGAGAGCGCGCACCGCGAGAUGCUGAGGAAAGUCCUCGACGAGGUCGCGCAGAAGAUUGGGCGCGAAAAGAUGUGA